AUGACAAGCAAGGGUCAUUUAAUUUUUAAUUGUCCUGGUUUUAUCGCGCUAAAUCCAAAUGCGAGAUUCACUGAAGCUAAACGACCGAAGCUAUGUCUGAAUUGUUUGCUUAACAAUCAUACAUCUGAUAAAUGUAGAUCUGUGCUUUGUAAAAAAUGCGAAAAGAGACACAACACUUUACUACCUUUUGAAAAUAGUAAAGAUGAAAACACACCAACUAAACCAUUGCCGAUAGUUGAUCACUCAAAAAAUUCAGAAAGCAAUCAAAAUGACAACAUUAAAUCAAGCCAUUUUAGCAAUGUUAGUUUAGGUACAGUAUUACUUUCUACUGCGUUAGUGAAUACAUUUGACAAACUUGGAAACUCACAUCAAAUUCGAGUACUUCUAGACAAUGCAAAUGAAUCAAGCUUUGUAACACAAUCAUUGUGCAAGAAAUUGCAACUGCCUACCAAAUCAGUGAAUUUUACCGUUGCUGGUAUUGGUCAACAAAAUUCCAAGGCUUUAGAAUCAACAUCACUCAAGAUUCAGUCACGUCAAAAUUCAUUCAAUGUACAACUGAACUGUCUUGUAAUACCCAAAAUCACAGGCAACUUGCCAGCUGUCACUAUUGACACAUCUUUCCUAAAGAUUCCUCCAAAUCUUGUAUUAGCUGAUCCCACCUACAACAAGUCUAGUGGAAUUGACCUAUUAAUACAGGCUGAUCAUUUUUGGGAACUUAUAUGUGUAGGACAAAUUAAGCUUGGGAAAAAACUACGAACAUUACAAAAAACAUCUUUAGGUUGGAUAGUUUCUGGAACAGUGUUUCCUCGAAAAUAUUCUACUACUCACAAUGAAAUUUCUUGCAAUCUUAGUGUUGCACAUGAUCUAGAUUCUCAAUUGAAAAGGUUCUGGCAUCUAGAAGAGAUUAAUAAUGAUGAAAGGAUUCUAUCACCCGAACAACAAUUUUGUUGCUUUGUGCAAAAUCCCUUAAAAACUAUUACCAUUCCUCGUCUCGAAUUAUGUGGAGCUUUACUGUUAGCAGAACUCGUUGACAAAGCAAAACGGGCUCUGAACAUAAAUUUUGACGAAUUCUACUACUGGUGUGAUUCAACAAUCACUCUUGCUUGGAUUAAAGGCUCGCUACAUCAGUGGAAAAUAUUCGUCUCAAACAGAGUCACCCAAAUUCAAAACUUGACUGAAACUAAUUCAUGGCAGUACGUCAAUACUCAAGAAAAUCCAGCUGAUCUUCCAUCUAGAGGAUUAAGAUCAAAAAAUGAAUUAGAAAAAUUAAUCAUUAAAAAUCAAGACGAAAUUCAAAGACAAUUAAGUGUUAACGGAACUACCUGGCAUUUUAUUCCCCCCAAAGCACCUCAUUUCGGUGGCCUCUGGGAGGCUGGAGUUCGUUCGACAAAACACCAUUUAAAACGAGUGUUAAAGGACACACCUUUAGCCUAUGAAGAAUUUUCAACGAUUUUAUGCCAAAUUGAAGCUUAUUUAAAUUCCCGGCCAUUAACUCCUCUCAGUUCAGACCCCAAUGAUCCUCAAGCCUUGACACCUUCGCACUUCCUGAUUGGAGAAAGGCUGACAAAAAUUCCCGAAUCGGACUUCACACCAAUACCAGAAAACCGUUUAUCGAAGUUUCAAAGAUGUCAACGGCUAGUACAACACUUCUGGAAGCGUUGGUCCAACGAAUUUAUAUCGGAACUGCAGCAAAGGCAGAAUUGGACUAAAUGCUAUCCGAAAUUGCUAAAGCCAGGUUCCUUGGUUAUCAUCAAGGAGGACGAUUUGCCCCCAUUGAAAUGGAAGCUUGGAAUCGUACAAGAUGUUCAUCCAGGAAGUGACGGAAUAGUUCGUGCAGCAACUGUAAAGACACCAUUCACAACUGUAAAGCGACCAGCAGUCAAACUUUGUCUCCUUCCGAAUGAUGACAAUCAAACAUCCGUUGAAGCCUAG